AUGACCAAGUACUACCUUGCAUUAGUACUUGUGAGGGUGGUCCUGCCAGCAGCCCUGCUACUGAGUAUAGCACUCCGACCUUUUGGACUCUCUUUCAUCUACCUCUUGCUAUUCCUCGUAGCGCCGACAGCACAAGUACCCAACUCAAAGACACUCAAUGGAUGGCGGACAAAAUUCUUAUGCUUGACCACAGUUGUAUCAUUCCUAUUGCUAUUAUGUCACGUAACAUGGCACAUUGUGCUAAGUUCAUUUCAGCCUUACGGCUCCUUACUCAAAGACUACCCCAUUCUACAAACCAUUGGACACAAUUUAGGUUUAGUCUCUUACGCCGAAAUAGAUGCAGUAUCAGCCGUGCAUCUUUUGGCACCUGAGCUAGUAAUGUGUGCUGCGUCACUACUGGUAUAUAUGACCGUUAGAAAUUUGGUACCAGCAACACUGUCAGCACCUGAAAACAAAUCAUCGAAACACCAAAGUUAUCCUGUUUUGACUGCGGCCGGAAAAUACAUAUGCCUCAUGCUAAUAAUGUUCUCCGGUAUAAUGCGGCCUAGCAUCACAUCAGGGAUUUACUUCCUAGUGUUUAUGGGCGCAGCAACGGCUUGGGCACUUGGACGCCCUCUCGAAAAAGGGUUCGCAGUAGUUGGACGUUGCGUCAUGGCCAUAAUGGCAGUCCACAGCGUUAUAAUUCUAGCCUACCAGUGCACGUAUCUGAUUGAAAUGUACCCUCCAAGUGAAGAUUUCGCUAGAUAUUUCGGCCUAACGCAAUUAGUAAUAAUCAACGAAACAAAUCCACUGGGUUUCUCUUAUGAAGUCACGGACGAUCAUAUGUGGGCCACACUAGCGAGUCCUCUCGUCAUCCUUUUCACUUAUGUCGUUCUCGCUAUAGAAACUCGAGAACUAUUUAAACCAAAGAAAAAUUAUAUCUCUUAUGCUAUCGUGCUGGGAAAUAAGGCGAAAAAAAAGAGCGCCUUGACCGGCCUAGAGUCAGGCAAGCUGAACGGUUCGUUGGUGCGCGGCGUGUCCUUCCACCGCGGGAGCCGACGCGCCAAGGAUAAGUGGAAGAACGCCACUAAGAAAGUUCGAGUUGCAUAUACAUACAUAAAUUCCCAAGCACUUCGUGGUGACGCCGGUGAAAGAGCUCCUCUUCUACGCAACGCGAGUCCAACAAAGCGAUGGUCCACCGUGCGCACAUCAUCUACAGGACGACCUCUACACCAGGACUCUACGGGCUCAGUUAUUGUUCCUGAUGAUGACUCCCUUCUAGAUGACGAUGACCCAAACUUAGUCGAUGAAAUUAUUGCGGCAAUAAUUGACUUCUUCCAAGUUCUAGUCAGAUCAUCUUACAUAGCAACAACGAUCACAAUGAUGGCGUGGAGCAUAAUGUUCCAUUCAUGGCUCACAUUCGUCUUCUUAAUGUGGGCCAAUCUCGUGUGGCUCUGUCAAGACCAGCGCUCCUUCAUGUUGAGAACCAGUCCUAUAUUAGUUUGUUACGCUAUGUUCCUUCUCCUCGCUCAGUACAUAUACGGCAUGAACCUCACUGAAGCGGAACUACCUUCUAACAUUACGGAAGUGAAUUUACGUCAACUGGGCCUAGGCCGUGCAGAUGGUGAACCAUGCGUCCCCUUGCUGAUCAAGUCCUUGUUUACGUGUAUGUUCUGGGUGACUUUACGACAGCGCAUACAAGAUAUUCGUCAAAGAAGACAAUCCGCUGUCAUAACUGAUAUGGCGGCGCCUUUACAGCUGACGGUUUCUACAGCGGGUUCUGUACUCGACGGGCAGAGGGAAGAGGAAACCCGAUCUCGUCUAUUGGUGGCACUGGGAGAGUUACUGCGUGCGGCGGCGGCCCGUUACUGGAUCUAUGUCGUUGUCAUCAUGCUGUUUGUCAUCGGCAUAACUGGGCAACGCAUGACCAUAUUCCGCAUCAUCUACAUGUGCCUAUUCCUCGGUUUUGUGCUGAUGUUCCAGAUAAGCUGGUACUGGUGGCGUCGUCUUAUGUAUAUAUUUUGGAUAAUAGUGAUCAUUUACUCUAUGAUAAAUCUAAUAUUAAUCUACAUAUACCAGUUCGACAACUUUUACAUGACGAUUGAAACCUAUUUGCUAAUUAAUCAAAGAUUACAACAUGACUUGGGCUUGGAGCCAUAUCCGCCUGCGGAUCUAUUUGUGAAGCUUUUGACGCCCACACUAUUUUUAAUCAUAACGAUAAUGCAGGUCCACUACUUCCAUAAAGACUUCAUGGCACUGUCGGACCCAAAAACGAGAACGAAUAGUGUAGUUGCAUCGAAUAACGAUCCAGAGACCAGCAAACGUCUUAGUCAAGCGGGCGCAUCUACAUUAAAAGAUGACCUGCCACCGCUCCCUUCUGAGGAAGGUCACGCGCCUGAAGAAGAGAAUACUGAAGCAGACAACUCGAUCGACAACGAAGUGUCUUCUAUAAAUACUGGUGCUUUCGGUAAACCACUGCGACGAAAACUGACACGUUCACGUUCGUACCAACGUUCAACAACUGAGCGGCCGUCAACUGAGUUGAAAAUACUUGUAGCGCGGGCUUUUAAAUCUGCCAAAGAAGUGUGCGAUGCCUGGAUUGAGAAAAUAUUUACUUUCCUUCAGAUACAUCUCAUUAAAAUUGUAUUCAUCUCGUGUAUGCUCCUCUGCGUUAUGAAUGUUUGCGCAAUGCACGUUCCAAUAAUGGUAAUAAUAUCGCCAGUGUUAUGGCUGAGAGCUAGAAAACAACGAUUUGUUGUACUUUUUAUAUCGACACUAAUAAGUGUUUAUUUCAUGGCUAAAAUGACCUAUCAAAUAGGUUAUAUUAAACACUCCACUUUUGAUGUCAACUGUACCAGCGUUGGUGAAAAUGACACUAUUCUCGAAAGAACUUUCAACAAUGCAGAAUGGGUGGGAUUUAAUAAAACGACGCAUAAUAAACCACUAGUUUCAAUGCUUAAGGGAUAUAUAGGUCUCUUAGCUCUUUUUACGUUUUAUGCUCUCGUCAACUAUAGGCAAGGAGCAGUGAGUGAACGUGCGAAAGAUCGUAAAGAAAAAGUAAUGUUUCCCGAAGUCACUCGCAAAGAAGCAGAUAUUGACAUGAUACACUGUUUGAAGUAUUUAAUCAAUUAUGGAUUUUAUAAAUUUGGUGUAGAGAUAACCCUAAUUUGUCUAAUGGGAGUAAUCGGUUCUCGUAUGGACGUAUACGCAGUGUUGUACGCUAUUUGGCUGUUAGUGAUGGUGUCACUGAAGCGACAGGUGCAGGCUAAGAUUUGGACGUGGUUCACGGCAUGCAUCACGUUCUUAGUGCCGGCACAGUAUAUGAUCGCCGUUGGAUUUCUCCCCCAGUUCUGUAUUAGAUAUCCCUGGGAGGGACAGGCGGAGCAAAUGAAACAUAUUCGCACCUGGUUGUUCCUGCCGUACGCCGAACAACCACCGCACGCAUACAAGCUUAUCUUCGAUUAUUUCCUACUAAUGUUCGCCACCCGACAAAUGCGAGUGUUCAAUGUGGAAGCCCGCGAGGCAGAAGCUAACCCCGGGGGAUGUAACAGCGAGGACAUCGGUCAGGACUGGGAAACUCCUAAUUUUGUGAAUCCAGUGCCUGAUUUUCUCAGUUACGUCGGAUCCUGGCUAGAUAUUAUUAAGCGCAUGGUGUUCCUCGGGAUGCUGUGGGUGACAUUGGCGAUCAUGUUCAUGACGGGCACCAACAGGGUUAACUUAUUCUCUAUGGGAUAUCUAAUCGGCUCUUUCAUAUUUUUGUGGCAAGGAACUGACUUCUAUUUACGGCCUAAAGAAGCCAUUUUACAUUGGUGGUCGUGGCUGGUUCGUUACAACGUAACAGUGGUAGUGGUUAAGACACUACUACAGAUCCCCGGCUGUAUAUUUGCGUCGGUGAUGCAGGAGAACUCGUGCUGGCUGGUACAAUUACUAGGUAUCGGAUGCGUUGACAAAUUCGCUGGCGGCAACAUCGCUAGAUUCCUCAAAAUGCAGUAUGUCAAGGAGGCUGCCUGUUCGGUUCCCCAAGAAGACAUAGGUUUGGCGUGGGAUGGAGUUUGUUUUGCAUUCCUUAUACUUCAACAACGAUUAUUUCACAGCUAUUACUUCUAUAGAGUAAUUGAUGAAAGCAAAGCUACAACGGUGCUUGCGUCAAGAGGUGCAGAACUUAUUGAGGAGCUCCGACAAAAACAAAUGCAUAUACAAGAAAACCAAGAAGUAAAGAUACUGGAAAAGAUCAAAGUUAAAAUGGAAAGAAUAAAGGCAAAUCAGAAAAAGAUACAAGGUGCACUAACCAAAACUGAUCGCGAGCCCGUACAUCACGACGCUGAGGAGGAAGAAGAGACGAUGGCUGGAGAAUCGGAGCAAGUCCCAUUGGUCCGCGGGGACUCUGACACUUCUCGCGGGUACCAUACACCUGACAGUCCCGUAUCCCCGCGCGGAUUUCACACGCCUCUCAGCGAAGCCUCCGCCCCACCAUCUCCAGUAAAGGGUCAACCUCUUCCCGUCCUACCCGCACUCCCCGCUGUUCCCCCAUCCGCUGGAGGACCGCCGUCACCAUCGUCUGCACUCAUGACGGUAUCGUUGGACGCAUACCUUGAACCUCGACGCAUAUCCUUUGAAUCUCCACCUUCAUCGGAGUUACUCCAACGUACCAGUCCUGAAUCAUAUCCGGUGUUCUCUCCACCCCCUAUUCGUCGACGGAAUACAGUUGCUAGCCCCAGCGUGCUGCAGCGAACGACGCGAACAUCGAUCAUAUCUUAUUCGAGCCGAGCCGAACCGAACUCUCAUCAUACGUCGUGGGGCAGACCGACAUAUUAUAGGCCGCCGACGACACAUCAAAGGGCGGUUCGAUCAGGUGACUACUACAUGUUUGACGAAUUUGACGAUACUGAGAUUCAAAUCAAAGAUGAUGACUCAAGUUCAGAUGAAGAAGUGCCCGGAAAACAAAUGGGCUUCGGCAGGCAUCGUCGGAAGGAGGAAGAUGUGAGAGAAGUUCACGAGGCCGAUGUGCAAAUCUCAGAACGGGGUGACUUACAAUCAGAUCAAGAGGAUUCUGCACCUGCUGGAGAAACUAUUGUGGAUAAAAUAAAAAGAUACCGAGAAACUGCAUGGGCAUUCAUAUCGAGCAUCUUGGUGUCUCUCACCCGACAUCUUAUGAAGUUCUCGAGAGACUAUCGAUACGUAUCCCGCACGCUCUCUAUAGAAAAGAAAAUACUAAAGGAGAAGGAAGGCUUCGGUAUUGGUCUUCGAGAAGGCUCGCAGAUGAUAUGGGAACCUUUACCAGAAUCACUCUUGGCAACUUCCACGCAUCUCAAGGACUUGACCACACUGGAAGAACAAGACGAUUCUAUGUUCAAGCAGGAUCGAAACGCAUUAGUGCAUUUCAUAAGCGCCCUGUGGUAUACAAUUUUAGCGCAUACCGAUAUUGUAUGUUAUGUCAUGGUGUUUAUUAAUCAGAUACAAUCGGCGACUAUUCUAUCGAUACCGUUACCUUUAAUGGUGUUUAUGUGGGGUACACUCUCUGUCCCACGACCAACAAAAACUUUUUGGGUCACCCUGAUUGCGUACACUGAAGUUAUCGUGCUGAUAAAGAGUAUGUUCCAAUUUGAGAUACUACCAUGGAAUCAAAAGGCGAUACCGGCCAAUAUGCCUUUCACAGCUCCCCGCAUCAUUGGUAUCGAGAGGAAAUUCAACUACGCACUCUACGAUCUACUAUUGUUACUUAUCAUCUUUUUACACAGGUUCAUGCUUAAAUCGCUUGGUCUAUGGAAAGAGUCCGCACCAGAAGUAGAAUUGAGAGAAGACAUGGAGUAUCCGCUAACUCCUGAAGACACACAAUUGGUAGUGGAAGGACGAAUACAUGAAGUUGGGCAGAAAUAUAUCCACUUGCACGACCGUACAGGCCCUUCUGAUGACGUCAACGAAGAUGAUAUACCACCUAAUAAUAAAGAGUCCGUGGGUCCAAUGCGAUUGCACGACUAUGCCACCAGUUACGUGUACGGCGAAAGCGAGCCUGGGCCUUCGAAACCAACGGAAGAUGACCAUUACAAAGUAAAUGAUGAUCAAGAGCCUAUUAUAGCAGUAACAACUACUUUGGAAGAUACAUACAAACAUUAUCCUCAAGUGGUUUUACUAUCAUUUAAACGUUACCUUCGUCCGACACACCGUUUCUUUCAACGAAUGUUGGCGCCAGGAGCUCGCGUCACCGCAGACAUUUACGCUUAUAUGUUUCUGUGUGACUUUUUCAACUUUCUAGUUGUUAUAUUUGGAUUUGCAGCAUUUGGAACACAUCAAGGUGACGGAGGCGUCCAAGCGUAUUUGGAAGAAAACAAAGUGCCGAUCCCAUUUCUAGUGAUGUUGAUCUUACAAUUCGCGCUGAUCAUUAUCGACCGCGCGCUCUACUUGCGCAAGUUUAUGCUCGGCAAGAUAUUGUUCCAGUACGCACUCAUCAUAGGAGUCCACAUAUGGAUGUUCUUCGUACUGCCUUUCAUCACGGAGAGAACGUUCAACGCCCUGUUACCACCCCCGAUGUGGUACAUGGUGAAGUGCAUCUACUUACUUCUAUCUGCGUACCAGAUCCGUUGCGGUUACCCGCGACGUAUCAUUGGCAACUUCCUCUGCAAAUCCUACUACUUCCUCAAUAUGAUGUUCUUUAGAGCAUUUAUGGCAAUACCGUUCUUAUUCGAGCUACGCACACUCAUGGAUUGGAUAUGGACUGACACUUCUAUGACCCUCAUGGAUUGGCUCAAGAUGGAAGAUAUUUUCGCUAGCGUCUUUUUGCUGAAGUGUUCUCGUUACGUGGAAGACAGGUUUCCGCAGCCGCGUGGCGCUAAGAAGUCUAAUACGACGAAGUAUUUGCUGGGCGGCGGCGUUCUCGCAUUCGUCAUCGCCAUUAUUUGGUUCCCGCUUGUAUUUUUCGCAUUUGGCAACACGGUAGGUCAACCGAACCCACCAACCGACGUAACAGUGAAGAUUCGGAUCGGACCAUUCUUACCUGUGUACCAAAUGUCGGCGCAAUCGCACAAUAUUGAUGUUUUCUCAGAACAGGACUACACUCAGCUCAGCAACAUGUACCCGCGCGACCGCACCGCUCAGACCUUCCUAUCCAACUACAUGUACAACGACAUCGCCGUCAUCACCAUCAACCCCAACUCUACCAUGAAAUGGGAGAUCUCACCGCCUGAGCUCGAGCGGCUUAAACGAGAAGCCAAAUCUAAUGCAACAUUGAUGGUGAAAUUCACAUACGUGAUCACUCACCCGACAAACGCAGUACCAAACCCACCCACAAUAGAGGACCAUCGAGAAGUGCCGCUCGAAGCGUACAUAGACGGCAAACGGAACCCCGAACGGGAGACUCUACAGAAUCUGUUAGCUGGACCCACGACCGAUCUUUGGUUGAACGUGAAGUAUUUAUUCCCAAAAUUUGUAAAAGUUUUUAAUAAAGGUACGACGAAACCAGCUUCUCAACUGAUGCCCCGAGUUUCAGAUAAUGACAGUGAAGAUUCACGAUUGUUCCGUGACGUACAAUUACGCUUAGAAAACUUUGGGCACAAUUCCUAUUGGCGUGUACGGGAAUCUUGUUCUUUCCGGGACCCAUUGAUUCCUAUACCACUAAACAACUGCAACAUGCUUGUGAUGUACACGUUUAAUGAUAAGCUAUUCCCUGAAACAUUAAACUUUAUAUCUGGCAGUGGCAUCAUCGGAUUGUACACUACAUUCGUAUUCUUGGCAUCGCGAGUGUUACGCGGAUUCUUCUCAGGAAUAUAUACCAAGAUUAUGUUCGACGACUUACCCAAUGUCGAUAGAGUCCUGCAACUCUGUUUGGACAUUUAUUUGGUUCGAGAAGCACUGGAACUUGCUUUAGAAGAAGACCUGUUUGCUAAAUUAGUAUUCCUCUACCGCUCGCCCGAAACUAUGAUAAAAUGGAGUCGUCCUAAGGAUGAGGAGAAUGAAGAUCAACGUGCGCUAUCGCCCUCGCGCUGA